AUGAAUACAAAUGCAAUGGAUGCAGAGAUUGGAGGGUUACACGAAGAAGGGAAAAAUUUGGGGGAUAAAAAGUCGUUGAAGAGACCUGCUGAUGCCAUUGAUGAUGAUGAUGAUGAUGAUAAUGAUGAGGAUAGUGAUGAUUCUGUCUAUGACGUUGUUUCGGACGAGGAUCUGAUAUGUUGGUCUCACAUUCUAAAGGUUUUUGAGCAUCAAAAUUUCAAAAACGUUUCUUCGAGACUAGAAGGAGAAGGUCCGCUUGUAGAACUUCUUGAAAACAUUCUAGAGAUUCUUAAAAGAGAAAAUAUUAGCAGUGGUGAUGCUGAAGAAUUUAAAAAUGUGGUGAAGCAAGUGUUUGCGAAUGAUGCUUUUGUCGCUGAGCUGUAUAAGGAAAUAGAGGACCCGUGGUGCCACGGCAUGAUUGGGUAUCAUGCGAGAAGAACUCAAGAUCUGGUAGGUACAGAGACUACUCAAGAGCGAAUGGCUCUUAUUAGAAGUGAUACCCACUUUGCUUGUGCAACCGCAGGUGGAAAUAGUGAGCUUAUUGUAAGGGGGGGCCUGAGCAUAAUAAUCGCAUACUGUGUAGCUGUAACGGAGCUGACGGAAAUAUUCACAAGGUGUCGGGAUGAUGAGAAGCUCCGCAAAAACGGUUCCGGAACUAAAAAAGGGAAGGGAGUAGAUGUGAGGAAAGAGAUAAAAGAGUUCAUUGAGGUGGAAUACACUGUUACAGAAGAUGUCGCGUCUUAUAAAACUUUUCUGAACAGACUGAGAACAAGCGUAGCCGCCAAAAAGAUAAACGAAAUCGACACUCUUCCGGCAGCUAGUGAAAACAAGUAUGUGAGAAUACAUUUGAGGUUUAUGGAUGCGGACGAGGUAAGCUGUCAUGUUUUCUUGAGAGCAUCGGACUUAUAUUUUAUUGGGUAUGAGAAUAAAGAUCACAAAUUGGUAGCACUCCAACCCGAUAACACGAAGACACAGGAAGUCGAUGCUCAAUUUUCCACCCUUCCACCACCUCCCGUACCUCCUGCACAGCCCGCACCUCCUGUUCAAGUCGAAGAAUUGAGCUUCGGAGGUAACUACAACGGACUUGUGACAGUUUCCAAAAUCCAUGGAAGGAAUUGA